AUGCAGCCCGCAAGGCGUUCUAGGCAGCGGGACAUCCGCGAUAUGGCGGAUACCGUUGCCCGCGCGCGUUUGGACUACCUGUGGGCGGCAGUUGUGGCAGAGAAUGAUCUAGCCUUCAACGUCUCCAAAUCGCGUGCGCUACAAGCCUUCGUUGACGCGGCGGUCGUGUUCGCGAAGCCCUACACACUCCCAACCCCUUACAAGGUGUCCGGCUCUCUCCUCGACAAGCUAAGGGCGGACGCCGAGGAGCUUGUAAGGCCAUUGAAGGAGAGUUGGAAGACGACCGGGUGCAGUCUCUCGGUGGACGGGUGGACGUGCAUGAAGUCCCGCGGGAUUGUGUGCGUCAUCGCCCACAAUGACACCGCGCCCGUCAUUGUGGACAUUGUCGACUCGAAAACCGCUAAGAAAACUGGAGACUACCUCGCGGGUCUCAUCGGGAACUCGAUCUCCGAAGUGGGGAAGGACCUCGUGGUCCAGGUCAUCAUGGACAAUGCGUCUAACAACCGAUCCGCGGCUGAGAAGCUUAAGGAGGAGUUUCCCUCGGUUUUUAUCGCCAACUGCGCCGCCCACUGCUUGGAUCUUAUGCUUCACGACCUAGGGAAAGUUGGGCCCGUCAAACGCGUGUUAGAGCAAGUGCAUCGAGUCGUCAUGAUGAUCAAGGGUAGUGCCUCCGCCGUCGUUCUAUUCCGCGAGCUCUUUACCAAGCUUUCAUUGGUGCGGCCGGGUGCGACACGGUUCGGCACUCAAGUCAUCAUGAUACGCCGCUUCUUGGAGGUGAAGGGGGCACUCCAGGCCAUGGUCAUCAGCGAUGAAUGGAAAGGGGUGGCGGUGGCGCAAAAGGCUGAAGGGCAGGAGGUGCGGGCGCUUCUUCUUGACGACGUCUUUUGGGACUGUGUUACUGCGGUGCUCCGCCUCCUCACGCCGGUUUAUGAAGUGCUAAGGGUGGUUGACACGCGGGCACAAGUCAUGGGCCAAAUCUAUGGCCUCAUGAUUGAUAUCACGGUGAAGACACGGGAAGCUGCAGAGGCCGCCGCCUCGGUAUUCAUCAAGAAGACGGGCCUGCUCUUGGCCAAGGACAAGAGCACCUUCAUGGCAUCCAUCAAGGGCAUCCUUGCCCGGCGAUGGGACGGGCAACUCCACAACCCCCUGCAUGCCCUGGGAUGGCUUCUUAAUCCCCGCAACCAGUACGCGGGGGAGGUGAGAACCGAUGCGGAGGUAAGGAAGGGGGCCGACGCGGUGAUUCAGGCCCGGGGGGGGGAUGUGGCCCAGCGCAUCAAGCUGCAGACACAGCUGGUGCAAUUCCAUAAGGGUGAGGGCCGCCUCGGGUCGGAUGAUGCGCUAUGGGCAGCCAAGACCUUGGUGGAGGGGGGGCGCAUGACGGAUGCGGAGUGGUGGUGGAUUUUCGGUGGGGAAGUGCAAGCGCUCCAAGAACUGGCUGUCACGACCCUAUCACAGCCCGUCACCUCGUCCGAGGUGGAGCGGUACUUUUCCGCCCUUGCACGAGUGCAAAGGCGGGAUCGGAACCGCAUCGCGGCCAAGAAGAUGACUGAUGUCACCUUCGUGGCCUUCACCAGGAGGGCCCGCGAUGCGUUUGAUCGCAAAACUCAGACGCGUGCGAAGUUGUACGCUGAUCUCACCGACGGAACCCUCAAAGAGGGCAUUCCCGUGCCCCCGCCCGCAACAGUGGAAGAGGAUGAAGGUGGGGCUGAAGAGGAGGAGGGAGCCGAGGUGGCAGAGUGCACCAUCGACUGGACUGUAUUUGGGAGCAUUGGUAAGAAGAAGAAGAAGAAGAAGCGCGCGGGAGAGAGCUCCAAGAGGAAGAGGAAGGAGAAGGGAAAGGGGCCAUGCAAGCGGAAGGGGAGAGGAAAGAAGCGUGUGGAGGAGGAGGAGGAGGAGGAGGAGGAGGAGGAGGAGGAGGAGGAGGAGGAGGAGGAGGAGGAGGAGGAGGAGGAGGAGGUGGAGGAGGAGGAGGAGGAGGAGGAGGAGGCGGCAGAGAGCAAUGGGCGGGAGGUAGGACCCUCCAAGCGUCCUAAGGCAGUCUGGCCGUGGGACUGCAGUGAUGGUGAGAGUGGGGAGGAGGAGGAGGAUGAGGAGGAGGAGGAUGAGGAGGAGGAGGACGACGAGGAGGAGGAAGGGUAG